UAAUAUCCAAAGUAGGGAUUUAGUUUUUGAAGUGCGUAGUUUGUAUCGCAAAUCUCAAGUUCAAUUUAUCUGUUAUUUUGCAGUGGGUACGAAUAGGGUGUGAAAUCAUGACCUCAAAUAUUUCUGUAUGCAACCAAAUAGGCAAAGACCGAGUUGUAGUGCAGCAGCUGAAUGAGAUGUUUGGUAAUAAGCUAAAUCUCAGUUUGAUUGAGGAGGUUGCAAAGUCUUGUCAGUUUGAUGUGAAUCAAUCAUCUAAUGAGCUCCUGGAAAUUACAAACCGUAAUCAUGUAGUUUCUAAUACUACCAAUAUUGUUAGGAUAUCUAAAUCAUCACAAAAUAGCCCUAAUAAAACUAGAAAAGCUACAGAGCAGGAAAGGAUUAUAAAAGAAAUCAACAAUGGAUAUAAAGUGCUUAUUAUCUUACGGGGAUUACCAGGUUCUGGGAAAACUACACUAGCAAAAAAGAUUUUAUCAAUGACCAUAGGUUACAAUGAUUCAACGGCUGAAACACAUAUUUUAUCCACUGACGAUUAUUUUGUUAAGAAAGGGGUUUACUUAUAUGAUCCUAGAAAAUUGUCAGAGGCUCAUGGAUGGAAUCAUAAUAGAGCUUUUCAAAUUAUGUCAAAAGGAUUCAGUCCUGUUAUAAUUGAUAAUACCAACACUCAGAUGUGGGAAAUGAAACCAUAUGCUGCCAUGGCUACUGAUUACGGAUAUAUUUUGGAAAUUUUAGAGCCGGAUACUCACUGGUGUUUUAACGAAAAGGAACUUGGCAAACGAAAUGUACACAAUAUACCAAAAAGUUCAAUAAGAAAUAUGAUGGACAGGUAUGAAAAAAACGUGACUCCAGCAAAACUGUUAAAUUCUUACGGAUGCAAGUAUAAGCUUCAGAAACCUCCACAAUUUCGACUGCACCCGCCACUCCAACAAGUAACCACCAAUCGUAUGUUUUCUGAACCUUUUAAUGGCCUAGCUAAACCAAACACCGAACAUUAUUUGGAAAACAAGCAUUCAUCAUCAAAGUACGCGCGUAUCGAUAAGCAAAAUGGACAAGCGUCAAAACAUGGGGUGGAAGUUUUUGAUAUGUUUUCCGGAUCAGAAGCAUCAAUAUCCAAAAAUUUAGUCGACAAUGAAGUUGAUGUUCACGAGGUUCAAAGUUCUUCUGUUGAUGACAUAUUGAUGAGUAAUGAUACAUCGGUUUUGAGUGCACCCGUACUAAAACCGGUUCAGACGUGCAAGAUUAAACAAAGCAUGAGUUUAUUUGACAACAUUAGUGCAUGGGGUAUCGAUGCCAACGCUCUUCGCUCUUGGGAUAUAGUAAUUCCAUUGGAGGACAAUAAAUCCACUGUUCUUAAUCAGCCUAUAGUAAUAGACGAUGAUGACGUAAUCAUAGAAACAACUGAAGCAAGCACAAUGACGGACGAAACAUAUUUUAAUAUAAGCAAAAAUAUUUCAGUAAUUCCGCCUCCUUGUGACAUAAAGAUAUUAACUACAUGUAACCGAGAUAUUAAUAGAAAAGUCCCACCAAAGCCACCGGGUAUCAGGAAGAAAAUUAUGAUUGAUAAAAGUUGCAACACCGAAGAAAUCUAUGCUCCCAGCAUUGAUGUAGAUCAUUUGGUUAACGUAUUUCCAAAUAUCAACAAAAAAUCAAUUCAGUAUUGGUAUGAAAUGUGUAACAGAGAUUUUGAAUCCACAAUGGAGCUGCUACUUUUGGAGAAAGAUGAAAUCGCUAAUAUUGACAUAGACGAUCUUCCAAAGGAGCCUCAAAAUAUUCGAGAAGUUGUCACAGUCGAUAGUGAUAGUAGCUCUAGUAAUGAAGAAAAACAUUGGACACAAAAGCGGUCCCAGAAACAGAAACGGAAAACACACAAUUCCGGUAAGUCACAAGAUUUAAAAAAGCAAUUAGAGAGCAAGUUUACUAUUAGUGAUGACUAUUACUCCGAAAAAUUACUUCAAGUCAAAUCAAGGCAAUCCGAUGCACAAUUUUCAUCAGUUGGAUUUGCUUUACAAACUUCUGAAUCCGCAAAAUCUGUAGCUUCAAAGAUGGAUGUGGAUGAAACUAAUGAAGAUAGCGUUGACUCCGACGAUGUCGAUUCUUGUUCAUCAUCCAAGGAUGAACCAGUUGAAGAUAUUCAGACAGUGGAGCUUAAUUUUGGGGAUCACUUUGUCAAACAACUAGAAAAUAUUUUUGGUGAUCUCAAUCUUAUUUAUCCAAAAGGUUUCUUACCAGUGGUACAGCUACCUAAAACGCUAGCAAGACAGAUCUACGCAUUUUAUAUAGAAUCAGUUUAUCAACAAGUUGAGACACAAAACGCUGUUAUGGCUGAUCUUUUGAAAGAAGAUGAAGAGUUUGCCAAGAAGUUGCAGGAAGAUGAAAAUAAUGGCACACAUACUUCUCAAUCGAAUCAGGAACCAAUAACAAUUCCGGAAAUAAUAAAGGAGCAAAAGGAAUUGAGUAAGGCGCAAAGAGAGGCAGACAAAUGGAAAGACGAGACACCAGAUACAUUAGCGGCAAGACUUACAAGAGAAAAAUUGUUUAACUCAUUUCCGAACCUUGAUAGAGAUACUUUGGUUGAAGUUUUGCAUGCUCAUCAAAAUAUAUACAGCGAUACGUUAGAGACACUACUUGAAAGUACUGGAACGCAUAACAUUAGAAGCGAUUUGGAGUUAAUUAAACAUCCGCCUAUAGAAAAAGAGGUACUUGAUGAGAUGUGGGAGGAUCAUCACAAUAGUGCCAAUCAAGAAACCGAAGAUGCACCCCGCUCAGCGAGUAAUUUAAGGGCCGAGGCGAAUGGAUACUUAGAAAAAAGAACACGCCUAUACGAAAAAGCCAAAAAAUAUCAUCAAACAGGUAUGCGGGAGGUAGCACAAUUCUACAGUUUCUUAGCCAUGAAGCAGACAAAACUGUAUGAAUAUGCAAACAGUUUAGCCGCUACGGCCUUUUUGGAUGAACAUUCAAAAAGGUUAGAAGACUUCAACACUUUGGAUUUGCAUUAUUUGUUUGUGAAGGAGGCGAUCCCCCAUUUAGAUAUUUAUCUAGAUAGAAAUAUCAAUUUGCUGCGAGGUGGCUCGCAAAAAAAUUGGGAAACAUUACAAAUUAUCACAGGCAGGGGAAAAAAUAGUAAGAAUGGGGUUGCGAAGCUUAGACCAGCGGUAAUGGAACGAUUGAAACAGAGACAUAUUGGGUACCAACAGUUAAAUCCAGGAUUAAUCAUGGUUAAGAUAACUAGAAAUUGCAAGUUAACUAACGAACUAUUUUAGUAUUUCCUCAUUCAGAACCAAGAUCAUUUUCUUGUUAAAGAGUUGCCAUAUUUCCUUCCAGAAAACAAAGACCCUUUAAAAUAUACACAUACAUAAAUAAUUCUUAAAAUAAAAGAAGAAUGUUAUAAUAAAAGAAGUAUCUGUAAAAUCCCUUAUUCCAUUAUAUUUUACAAAGUUAGUUUUAGAAAAUAAGGACAAAAUAAAGUAUCAGAGCACCUCCUAAGUAUCUUUCUGAUAAAACUUUUAUAGUACUUAAAAAUGUGACCUUGUCGGUGUUAAUAAAAGCUUAAAUUAAUUUAAAACGUAGUCUUUAUAGAAUAAUGCGAGGUGUGGCUUUUAAAUAGCCGGAGUGAUCCUGCUCCUAGAUAAGUCUGUGGGCACGUAGUUAGACUGUUUUUAUUUUAACCUGGAUAAAAAAUCAGUAUCCCAAAGAUGACUUCUUUGAAUUUACUGGAAUGAAUGUUUACCCCCGCAUACAAGUUUUUGUGUGGUUUAAACGUGUAAUCCAUGCAAUGAAAGUUUCCAUUCCUGGCCUUAUUCACAUUAACCUUGACAUUCUAUUAACAUAUCCACAUUUGCCUUGUCUGUAAACGCGUCUCUCGCAAAAUGCGUUGUUAAUUUUAAAUCAGUUAAAGCAAAAUCGAUGUAAGUUUAAGUAAAGUUAAAGUAGCUCCCCAACCAGGUGACAGAUGAUUUCCAGCACGGCAUUCAACAAUGAAAACGUCGUAUGGAACGAUGAAUAAAAAGUGUUAUGACCUCAGUCCUGUUAUUUAAUAGACACAUCUCGUAUAAUAUGAUUUUUUGCUCUAUUAAUUAUUGUUAUUUGCACUAUUUUGUUCAAAUUACGAAAUUUAUCAACUCAUUCACGCUGCAAUGUAAUGCGAAGUUCAAAGAUAGUUAUUAUAUAGUUUGUAAUUAUGGUAGAUUUUUCAUAUUUUUACGAAUCAUAAUCUUGUAUAUAUACUAAAUAAAUUGUUUUUUAAU